AUGGAUGUUGGACUUAGCAAUUCAGUGUCGCGCACUCAACAACGCCGACGCGCUCGUGCAUGCACUCAGUGUCGCAGGAAAAAGCUGCGAUGCGAUCACAAGAAACCUUGUAGCAAUUGCACACGUGCAAGGACGAAGACGUGCACGUAUGCUUCUGAAGAGGAUCAACCGCGACGAAGCAAUUCUCCACGCAAUCCUCAUGCACUCUUAGAUGAGCCUGUCGUUGGCCAUGGCACUUCCACGCCACAUCGGAUCCAGGACGCAACGACGCAGGCUCGGGGCAACUCCCUUGAUCCUCUAUCCCAAUCGCAAGGAGAAGUAUGGUUUCCUUCGACGGUAGCCAGCCUUCUAGUACCCAGCCCACUUGGACCGGGCGAUACCGAUCACAAUGCCGGUGAAACUCAAGCCAAGCCCAUCGCUUCGGCGCUGGACAGCCUUACCGCUCCCGUGCGAGGUGCUAUUGUGAAGUCACGUUAUUCAGCACCGAGCAACUGGAUGCAUUCCUUGUUACUCUUCCCUGACACUCUGAGUUGGUUUGACAACGAGAUUGCCAGCAAAGGGGAAGUGUGGCAGGCCUUGCAGACUUGCAAAUCAUUUUGUCGAGUGAUCAAGGCCAAUCAAAAACUGACGUGGACAAUUGGUGAUUAUGGCCGGCAUCUUCCUUCGAAGCAUACGGCAGAUAGACUCAUAGAUGCCUACCUUCGCACCUUCGAGAGCAUUUAUCGAAUCGUACACAUUCCCACCUUCCAACAUGACUACGAAACACUUUGGGAAAAGCCAACGAGUGCGCCAGCUUACUUCGUGAUCCAGGUGCAGCUCUGCCUUGCUCUAGGUGUGUGCCUAUCCCGCGACGCUUUUUCGUUGCGGCCCCAAGCACUGCAGUGGGUUCACGAGGCCAUGACGUGGUUCAGCUCUUCCGAGAAGGCAGGUCUCUCCAUUACCGGCAUGCAAAACACGUGUUUGCUGGAGCUUGCACGGAGAUGCAUGCGUCAAGUACAUGGCGACCGGGCAUGGAUAAGGUCAGGAACAUUGCUACGGUCGGCCAUGUCAAUUGGGCUGCACCGGGAUCCGGCGAACCUGCCAGGCAUGCCAAAAGCGCAGACUGAGAUUCGUCGCCGACUAUGGGCAACAAUUCUUGAACUGGAGCUCGAUGCAUCACUUGACGCCGGAGGAGCUCCUCUAAUUUCACUUCGCGAUUAUGAUUGUGCCAUUCCAACGAACUUGGACGAUGUGCAAUUAGACUUUGAUUCUGGUGCCGACUUGGUGACUCAAGAUCCCACGCAUCGCACGGAUACAUCUCUGCAGAUUGCUAUCGCGCACACAUUUCCGGUGCGGCUAGCCAUUGCAUCAUCCUCUAACGGCAUCCAAGGCCGUAUGUCUUACCAAGAGGUCGUCAAACUGAGCGACGAUUUUCAGACCGCCCGUCGCGCUUUCAACGCCCAUGUGGCAUGUCUCUCGCCAAAAGUGGGUCACUUCCAGCGACUUUAUUGCGACAUGAUAAUGACCCGCUAUAUUUUUGCACUCCACAUACCAUACAUUACCGUAGCAUCGAGCAAUCCGGCAUGUCUGCAAUCAAGGGAUCUGUGUCUAGACGUCGCUUUAAAGAUGUGUCAUUCAUCUUUUCAUCCCACUCUUGCGCGAGACCCGUUUCUCGGAGCAUCCCAGGCAGCCGCGACAGCUGAAUCACAUUGCGAUGAAUACACCCAUCUAAUGUUCUACGGUUCUGGUUCGUAUAGGGCUGUUUUGUUCCAGGCGAUCAACGUCGUCGGUUCGGAACUGGUAGCCAUUUCAGCUAACUGUUCCGGGUCUUCGUUAUCGAAUACGCUGCUACCAUUUGGGAGCCUUCGCGGCCUUGAACUUCUCUCCUUGUUUCGGGUCGGGAUCGAGUGGUCAAAACAUCGCACUACAGCAGUUCAGAACGACGUAAAAGAAUUUGUCAUCAUGUCCGCAACGCUUGGGGGUGUCAACGCCGCGAUUAAAGGGUCCUCCAUCCAUGAAGGGAUAAGCACAGCCGGUAAGGAGGCUUGUCUCGAGGGGCUCUCAAUGCUCACUCCAUUGGCGUGUGGCGAGGAUCCCAUACCAGAGGAACCGCCUUUGCUCGAUGCAGAAGCAUCAGCCAUCGAUGACUUCUGGACUGCGAACUGGAAUGUUCUACAGGAAGACUUUUUCAUGACCACAAGUUGA